GCCAGACCUGCUCCUGCUGCUGUUCGGGUAACUCAUCUUUUACUGGUACCACCAGGGAUACAAGGGAGAGCACCUGGGAAAACUCUGGGGAAACUGUUUCUGACCACCAUCGAGAAGAUGAUGAGCUCAAGCUAUUGGAGUGAGACCAGCAGCAGCAGCUGCGGGACCCAGCAGCCCACAGAGGUCCUGCAGUGCCAGCCUCAGCAUUACCACUAUUACCAUCAGCCAAGUCAAGCCCAGCAGCCUCCAGAAAAAAAUGUAGUGUAUGAACGAGUGAGGACCUACAGUGGGCCAAUGAACAAGGUGGUGCAGGCCUUGGACCCGCUCGGCUCACGGGAAGUGCUCUCCCCUCUCAAACCUGCCUCCUCCUACCAAAGUUUGGUUUGGAGCGACCAUUCCCAGGAGCUCUAUUCUCCAACUCUGAAAAUAUCUACUUGUGCACCAAGCACUCUCCACAUAACACAAAAUGCUGAACAGGAACUCCAUUCUCCAACAGUGAAAGUUACUACAUAUCCACAAACCACCAUUAGGAGAUACAUAGUACAAAACCCUGAACAGGAACCAUUGUCUCCUUUCCUAAGAGGAAGUCAAUUCUUCCCAGGAAACAAUGUAAUUUAUGAAAAAACAAUAAGAAAAGUGGAGAAGCUCAACACAGAUCAAGAAUGUUGUCCUCAAAUUCAGUGCCAUCAUCAUGUCAUCCAGCAACCCCAGAUCAUCCACUCGCCACAUUGUCAACAGUCCCAUUCUAGCCAUCAAAUCCAGUGUAUAACAGAAAAUGAUUCAAAUAUUGGGCAUGAACUCUGUCAUGGCGGGCCAAGCCAAAUACACGAACAGGUGAUAAUUCAGGAUGAUGGCCCUGAAAAAUUGGAUCCCAAAUAUUUUGGAGAGUUGCUUGCUGAUCUAAGUCGCAAGAAUACAGACCUAUAUCACUGCUUAUUAGAACAUUUGGAGCGAAUUGGAGGAAGCAAACAAGAUUUUGAGUCCACAGAUACAUCAGAAGACAUUGAGUCAUUGAUUCCCAAAGGACUGUCAGAGUUUACAAAACAGCAAAUUCGUUAUAUUCUGCAGAUGAGGGGUAUGUCUGAUAAGUCCCUGAGACUAGUGCUGUCCACGUUUAGCAACAUACGGGAGGAACUUGGACAUCUUCAAAAUGAUUUGACAUCACUGGAAAAUGACAAGAUAAGACUUGAAAAGGACUUGGCAUUCAAAGAAAAUCAAAUGAAAGAGUAUGAAGAACUCUUGGCAUCAGUGAGAGCAAAUAAUCGCCAACAGCAACAAGGACUUCAAGACUCAAGCGCAAAAUGUCAGUCAUUGGAAGAAAAUAACCUUUCUCUUCGACAUACACUGUCAGACUUGGAAUACAGACUGAAAGAACUUGAGUAUUGUAAACGCAAUUUAGAGCAAGAGAAUAAAAACCUUAGAAUACAGGUGUCUGAGACUUGCACAGGCCCUACACUACAGGCUAAAAUGGAUGAGAUUGGCAAUCAUUAUAUGGAGAUGGUAAAAAACUUGAGACUUGAUAAAGAUAGAGAAAUCAGCAAGCUAAGGUCCCAAUUAAACCAGUACCAAAAAGAUGUUUCAAAAAGAGAAGGAAGUUGUAGUGAUUUCCAAUUCAAACUUCAUGAAUUGACAAGUUUGCUGGAAGAGAAGGAUUCUCUAAUAAAGCGUCAAUCAGAGGAACUCUCAAAGUUGAGACAAGAAAUAUAUUCAUCCCAUAACCAACCCUCUUGUGGUGGAAGGACUACAAUCACCACAAAAAAGUACAGAACACAGUAUCCAAUCCUAGGUCUCCUGUACGAUGACUAUGAAUAUAUACCACCAGGUAGUGACACACAAACGAUUGUGAUCGAGAAAACUGAAGACAAAUGGACUUGUCCAUGAAUGGACCCAUUCUACAAUACUACAACCCAAAGGAAAUUUUCUUUGUCUGCAUCAGUAUUUUAAUUGUUAUUUUUCUAUUGCUAAUGUGCAAUCAAAUUGUGAAUCAUGUUACUACGCCAUGGAUCUAGUGGGACGAUUUAAUUCUAGAGAUGAGUUCCCCCUCAUUCAGGAGAACUGAGUCUUUAAAAAAAACACACACACAUUGAUGUAUUUGAAAUUUAACACCGUGCAAAUGAGAGAAAAAAAAUGACCUUUGUGUUUAAACCCUGGUUGCAGACAGUGUAGAACCUAACCUGUUAUUUUUAUAUAGGGUGCUUCCUAUAUGUUGAACUUAUUCAUACAAUAGAGCCUUUACAAGUUAUUCUAUUAUGUUAAUGUGCAACUUAGCUAUAGGAUUCAGUCCUGUUUUUCAGCAAAACAGAGGCAAUUAAAUUUUAAAAAAUAGGCUAACUAGAACAUAAAAUAUACAGCCUUACUUUUCUCACAUUAAGCUUGUGACUAAUAGGAGUACAGCAGUGCUAACAUAUCUUGGAAACAGCUAAGUCAAAGGUGGAGGUUAAUUUUGUUAAUCAUGGAAAUGAGCUAAUAUCUUUUAAAUAAAUGCAUUAAUUGAAUUAUACAUAGUUCUAAGUACAUGUCAGUGCCUGGGAAAAUCUGUUCUUUCAAAACAUAUUUUCUGCAAGUGGUCCAAUUCACUUUGUAAAAAACGCAAUACUGUACUGUAGUAGUGGGCAUAAGAAUGUAGAAUUUUUCAUAGUGAUAUACAGACAUAACAUUGCUAUAUUGCAUAGUCAUAAAAUCUUUAACAAAAAUAGCAGUAAAAGAUACUUGAUAGCUGUAUCUUGGAGAAUAUUUUAUAGUAGAGUCUUUGAUGUAGUUAGAAAUUUGUUACUUGAAUUGUAAUGGCGUUACAAAGUGAUACAAGUAUUUGUUUAUUAUAUUAUAAAUAAGGAAGUUUCAUAAUAUAACCCAAUCAAAAGGUACAAAACAUUGCUCAUCAAAUUAGGAUUAAGGUAACAAAUAUAUUCAGUUUACAUGUUUAGUUCAUAGUUUUGUACUAAAAUAUCUACAGAAACCUUUAUAAAAUUCUUCAAUGCUUUAUAAGCAUAUUCUAAUUAUUCUAAGAAGCAGUUAGUAUAAGCAUGGCUGUGGCACUAUAUGCACUAGAACUAUGAGUUAGAAAUAUUUAAAAGGUCUUGAUAUGAAAUUGAGUCUUAUUUAUAUUCUUAUAACACUUAAGAUAAACAUUAAGUUCUCUAACAUGAAUAAAAUUUCUAUUUUAUCAAUAUUUUAUGAUAUAAAAUGUUAAUGUUUCAUAUUUUUACAAUUCCCCUCUAUUUUCUGGACAGACAAGUUCUCUCCUCUGAUAGAUACCCAUAUAUGCAAUUAUGGCAAAAGUGUAUUGUUUUUGUCUAUUACAAAAGUUACAAUGGAAUGCUUUAAUUACCUUGACAGAAAAAUGCCAUAAUUACAGUUUGAAAAUGAGAAUGUCUUUUUCAAAAUUACAGAAAACUAAUAAUAUCCAGAAUUAAAGAGCAAUUAAGAAGACAGUCUGUUUGAUCUAAGAUAGUGAUUUAGAGUCAUAUAAAUGUUUCCCAUUUUUUUUUUACCAACGUUUUAAGAUCAAUAGAAAUAAGAGGAAUAAAAGUGAUAUUAAAUUAUACAUUUAGUUCUGGAGAUGGGUUCCCCCAGUCAUUCAGGAGACCUGAGUCUGUUUUUUAUACAUUGAUAUAUUUGAUAUAGCAACACGCAAAUGAGAGGGGGAAAAACCUUUGUGUUUGAACUCUAAUUGCAGGCAGUGUAGAACCUAACCUGCUAUUAGGGUGCUUCCUAUGUUCAUCAAUUCUGUGUAGUUACUCAAUGAAAACUCUAGUGUCAUCAGGUGAAGAUGUCCAUUCAUCUCAUUUCUAUCUCUAUAUGUUUUCACUUCAGAUUUGUCAAAUAAAAUGGAAACUGGAGAGUGUCAUACAAAAUAUUCUUAUGUAUCUAAAUAAAAUAUGUUAAGCAUC